AUGCCCAAACGUCGAAGAUCAAGUACAUACCAAAACGAUCUACCAAUAGCGAAGAAACAUUGCCUUCCACCAAACAAAUGCGAUCACAUCUCUCAUCUUUCUUCCGAGCUCCUCAUCCGCAUCCUUCAUAACCUGCCAAUUGAAACUCUCCUAUCCUGUCACUCCGUCUCUCGGCAUUUCUAUACCCUCUCUCAUGAUUCCCAAGUUUGGAAAUCAUUAUAUUAUUCUCGAUUCGUAUUACCGCGCGCAUUGCGCAUACCGGGGAUCAAGAACAAAGAGAAGUUGGAUAAUGGGAAAGGUGCUGCAGGACAGAGGGAGGAAAGAAAUGGAAAGGCAGACGGGGAUAGAUUUCAAUUCAGUUCGAGGAGGAGUAGAUGGUUGGAUGAGGAGGGAUUGAGGAGUAGAGGGAAUGGGAGAGAAACUAAUUGGAAGAGACAGUAUAAACUGAGACAUAAUUGGGCGAGGGGCGCUUGUGAGGUGAAAGAGAUUGACAUUGCAGAGAAGGGGAGUGUGCCGGGCAUGUUUGUGAGGCUGGCGGGGGGAGUGGUGAUUACGGUUGGUGAGGUGGAGGGAUUAAAAGCUUGGGAUCUCAAGGGGAGGGAACUGAUUACAAUAUGUAAAUUGGAGGAGGGGGUUGUACCAACAUGUUUUGCUGUUGAUGAACAGGAUGGGGAAGAGGGAAGAUUAGGUAUCGUGUUAGGAUUUGAAGAUGGAGGCUGGGGAACCUGGGAGCUCAAUGUGGGAGAGAAGAUAUUUGUGAGGCAAUACAGACAUCCGCCGAGCAGCAACGGAAUGUUAAGUGGGGUGGCUUACGCAUAUCCGUACAUACUGAGCAUUACGAAAGGACAGCUCCUUUCAUUCUAUACACUCAAUCCUGUCGGACCGAUACGAGAGUCCGACGAUGAUGGUAAUACCACCGAUAUACAAAAGAAAGAAUCACAACCACGUCCAUAUCUCCUGACAUCCCUCCAAUCGCAUUCAUCAUGGCCACCAUUAUCCCUCUCUAUCCGUCUCACUCCCACCACUAUCAUCGCCUCUAUAGCAUACACACUCCCCACCUACUUAAGCGGCUACACCAUCUCAAUCCAAGAACUCCACUUCAGCCUCUCCACCUCCACCUCCCCUUCUCCAUCUCCACCCACCUUAACAGCCUCCCGCCUCACCUCCUCCUUCCCCUCCGGUUUCCACCCACUAACCUCCACAACCAACCCUCCAACCUCUCUACCCCGCCCAACAACCCUCUCCUACGCACAUCCCUAUAUCCUCGCCACGCACCCCGAUAACACACUCUCCCUCUACCUCUGCACCAGUACCCGUACCUCUCUUACUUUAUCUCCACCCCAGAAAUUAUUCGGUCAUACGAGUUCGAUUAGUUUCGCUAGUAUUACUAGUAGGGGGAAGGCAGUAAGUGUUAGUGAGAGGGGAGGUGAAUUGAGGGUUUGGGAGUUGGAACCUGGGGUGAGGGGAAGCAAGGUGGAGGAGAGGAGUGUGAGGGUUUGGGGGGGAGGGGUUGAAACGGAGAGGAACUGUGAGGGGAAUAGGAAUAGGAGGAGAGGGGAUAAGGAAAUGGGGGCGAAGGGAAUUGGGAAUGGGAAUGAUAGUGAGAGGUCUGCGGUAGAGAAUAAAAAUGGGGAUGAGGACGAUGACAAGGAUGAGAAUGAGGAUAAGGAUGAGGGAAAAAAACUCUGGGUAGGUUUUGAUGAGGAAAUGGUAAUAGUGCUUAAAUCGAACGUAGAAGAUUCAGAGUGUGAGUGUGAAGAAGAAGAAGAAGAAGAUGAUGAUGAUGAUGAGAGAGAAGGGAAUGUACUGAGUGAGCAUAAUGAUGAGGAUGAGGAUGAGAUGGCGAUGGGAGGGGGUAAUAGAAAUGGAAAUGGCACUGAGAGUAUACAGCAGAGAUUAGUUAUUUAUGAUUUCACCUGA